GAACGUUUUACUUUGUUUCCCUAUUAAUCAUGUUGGUAUCUCCCCAUGUCAAAGUUGACGUGCAUACGGUCAUGUCUUUCUUUGUUACUUGCUACGUGCUAGCAAGUCCAAAGGGAAAGUGAUAGAGUACAAUCGUUUUCAAGAAGAAAAAAAAACAUUCAACCAUAUCUGUAAGAGGUAUGUAUGCAUUUGAUCAAUUACAUACGAUUCGUAUCCAUUGGACAGCGAACCAGCUCAUUGCUAGUUUGCAAAGGUAGCAAGUCAUUCAUCCAUGCUAUUUAGCGCAAUAGCUAGCUAAGCUAGUUAACGUUAGCUAGCGAAUAUAGCUAUGCAUGCUAGGUAUCGAUCUAUCUUGGCUAUCCAUAAUCGAUUAGAUUUUGAUUGAAAGUACACUAUAGACGAAGUCGGGGUAGAAUGUGUGUUGGUGUUUACUUUGUUGACAAACCAGCUACUAAAGCGCACUAGUUUAGCACUAUGGAUCAUUUUGACUUUCCUCCCUGACACUGUUGCUAGCUAACGUAGCUAAUUCAGAAAGCCAGACAUUGACAAUGAACAGGAAAUGUGCUAUAUCCAAAUCAGAAUAAUAAUGUGUCCUCAACAUGAAUAUUGAUCGAACGAACAAAGUAAAUCCACCAUAAAGAUGGAAGAAAACGGUGUAUGGAGCACUGCCUGUCCACUCAGAAUAUCUUCAACAGUGUUGAGUUCUUAUCCCGUCAAAAAGAAGCCCAGGAGGACGCCGAUUGAACGAAAUCCCCCCCUGAAUGGCCAAAUGUUAUGAAUCUGAAAUAACAGCAUGUUUUGUUUUGAUUGCAUUUAUUCAUUGUGAAACCUACAUCUAUGAAAUCCUAUAACCUAAUGCAUUGAAUUGAGUUAUUCACAGAAUUACCGUUGUCUUUACUUGCACGCCUAACUGAUUGUGCAUCUUAUGAUCUGAGAUCCAAUCACACACAGACGCAUAUAUACACUAUAUAUACAUAUGUACAUACAGUUGAAGUCGGAAGUUUACAUACACUUAGGUUGGAGUCAUUAAAACUCGUUUUUCAUCCACUCCACAAAUGUCUUGUUAACAAACUAUAGUUUUGGCAAGUCGGUUAGGACAUCUACUUUGUGCAUGACACAAGUCAUUUUUCCAAAAAUUGUUUACAGACAGAUUAUUUCACUUAUAAUUCACUUUAUCAGAAUUCCAGUGGGUCAGAAGUUUACACACACUAAGUUGACUGUGCCUUUAAACAGCUUGGACAAUUCCAGAAAAUGAUGUCAUGGCUUUAGAAGCUUCUGAUAGGCUAAUUGACAUCAUUUGAGUCAAUUGGAGGUGUACCUGUGGAUGUAUUUCAAGGCCUAUCUUCAAACUCAGUGCCUCUUUGCCUGACAUCAUGGGAAAAUCAAAAGAAAUCAGCCAAGACCUCAGAAUCUUUUUUGCAGACCUCCACAAGUCUGGUUCAUCCUUGGGAGCAAUUUCCAAACGCCUGAAGGUACCACGUUCAUCUGUACAAACAAUACUACGCAAGUAUAAACACCAUGGGACCACGCAGCCGUCAUACCACUCAGGAAGGAGAAGCAUUCUGUCUCCUAGAGAUGAAUGUACUUUGGUGCGAAAAGUGCAAAUCAAUCCCAGAACAACAGCAAAGGACCUUAUGAAGAUGCUGGAGGAAACAGGUACAAAAGUAUCUAUAUCCACAGUAAAACGAGUCCUAUAUCGACAUAACCUGAAAGGCCACUCAGCAAGGAAGAAGCCACUGCUCCAAAACAGCCAUGAAAAAGCCAGACUACGGUUUGCAACUGCACAUGGGGACAAAGAUCGUACUUUUUGGAGAAAUGUCCUCUGGUCUGAUGAAACAAAAAUAUAACUGUUUGCCAUAAAGACCAUUGUUAUGUUUGGAGGAAAAAGGGGGUGGCUUGCAAGCCGAAGAACACCAUCCCAACCGUGAAGCACGGGGGUGGCAGCAUCAUGCUGUGGGGGUGCUUUGCUGCAGGAGGGACUGGUGCACUUCACAAAAUAGAUGGCAUCAUGAGGAAGGGAAAUUAUGUGGAUAUAUUGAAGCAACAUCUCAAGACAUCAGUCAGAAAGUUAAAGCUUGGUCGUAAAUGGGUCUUCCAAAUGGACAAUGACCCCAAGCAUACUUCCAAAGUUGUGGCAAAAUGGCUUAAGGACAACAAAGUUAAGGUAUUGGAGUGGCCAUCACAAAGCCCUGACCUCAAUCCUAUAGAAAAUGUGUGGGCUGAACUGAAAAAGCGUGUGCGAGCAAGGAGGCCCACAAACCUGACUCAGUUACACCAGCUCUGUCAGGAGGAAUGGGCCAAAAUUCACCCAACUUAUUGUGGGAAGCUUGUGGAAGGCUACCUGAAACGUUUGACCCAAGUUAAACAAUUUAAAGGCAAUGCUACCAAAUACUAAUUGAGUGUAUGUAAACUUCUGACCCACUGGGAAUGUGAUGAAAUAAAUAAAAGCUGAAAUAAAUCAUUCUCUCUACAAUUAUUCUGACAUUUCACAUUCUUAAAAUAAAUGGUGAUCCUAACUGACCUAAGACAGGGAAUUUUUACAAUGAUUAAAUGUCAGGAAUUGUGAAAAACUGAGUUUAAAUGUAGUUGGCUAAGGUGUUUUUUUAUUUAUUUUACCUUCAUUUAACUAGGCAAGUCAGUUAAGAACACAUUCUUAUUUACAAUGACGGCCUACACCGGCCAAACCCGGACGACGCUGGGCCAAUUGUGCACCGCCCUAUGGGACUCCCAAUCACGGCCAGUUGUGAUACAACCUGGAAUCGAACCGGGGGUCUUUAGUGAUGCCUCAAACACUGAGAUGCAGUGCCUUAGACCACUGCGCCACUCGGGAGCUAUGUAAACUUCUGACUUCAACUGUACAUACAUACAAAAGUAUGUGGAUACCCCUUCAAAUAUGUGGAUUUGGCAAUUUCAGCCGCACCCAUUGCUGACAGGUGUAUAAAAUCGAGCACACAGCCAUGCAAUCUCCAUUGGCAGUAGAAUGGCCUUACUGAAGAGCUCAGGGAUUUUUUAACGUGGCACCGUCAUAGUAUGCCCCCUUUCCAACAAGUCAGUCUGUCAAAUUUCUGCCCUGUAAGAGCUGCCCCGGUCAACUGUAAGUGCUGUUAUUGUGAAGUGGAAACGUCUAGGAGCAACAACGGCUCAGCCGCGAAGUGGUAGGCCACACAAGCUCACAGAAUGGGAUCACUGAAUACUGAAGUGCGUAAAAUCGUCUGUCCUUGGUUGCAACACUCGCUACCAAAUUCCAAACUACCUCUGGAAGCACUGUUCGUCGGGAACUUCAUGAAAUGGGUUUCCAUGGCCGAGCAUCCGCACACAGGCCUAAGAUCACCAUGCGCAAUGCCAAGCGUCGGCUGGAGUGGUGUAAAACUCGCCACCAUUGGACUUUGGAGUAGUGGAAACACGUUUUCUGGAGUGAUGAAUCCCGCUUCACCAUCUGGCAGUCCGAUGGACAAAUCUGGGUUUGGUGGAUGCCAGGAGAACGCUACCUGCCCGAAUGCAUAGUGCCAACUGUGAAGUUUGGUGGAGGAGGAAUAAUGGCUCCUGUACGUCGCUCUGGAUAAGAGCGUCUGCUAAAUAACAAAAAUAAUAAUCAUAAUAAUAAUAAAAAAAUAAAAAUAAAAAUAUAUAUAUAGAAUGGCUUUACAGUCCAGUUCUGCCUAAUCUAGGAGACUUAAAAUGCAGGUGUUAUAGGGAACAUCACAGGUUAUUUCUAUGAUAUGUAGAAGCUGUGUCUACUGUAUGCUACCUCAUGAAUAUGGUGGAGGUACCUUUUCUGGACGUUCUGGUACCUUUUUAAAGAUUCUGAAAUGUCCUGGAGGGCAUGGUGUACUUUACAGGUCUCACUACAACAGCGUUUCCCAAACUCAGUCAUCGGGCCCCAAAGGGUCCACAUUUAGGUUUUUGCCGUAACACUAUACAGCUGAUUCAAAUUAUCAAAGCUUGAUGAUUAGUUGCUUAUUUGAAUCAGCUGUGUAGUGUUAGGGCAAAAACCAAAACGUGCACCCCUUGGGGUCACGAGGACCGAAUUUGGGAAACCCUGUACUAGAAUAUACACUGAGUAUACAAAACAUUAGACUGAUCAGGUGAAUCCAGGUGAAAGCUAUGAUCCCUUAUUGAUGUCACUUGUUAAAUCCACUUCAAAUCAGUGUAGAUGAAGGGUUAAAGAAGGAUUUUUAAGUCUUGAGACAAUUGAGACAUUAAUUGUGUAUGUGUGCCAUUCAGAGGGUGAUUUAAGUGCCUUUUGAACUGGGCAUGGUAGUAGGUGCCAAGCACACCUGUUUGUGUCAAGAACUGCAACACUGCUGGGUUUUUCACGCUCAACAGUUUCCCGUGUGUAUCAAGAAUGGUCCACCACCCAAAGGACAUCCAAUGAACUUGACACAAGUCCAUGCCGACUUAUUGAGGUUGUUCUGAGAGAAAAUUGGGGGGUUGCAACUCAAUAUUAGGAAGGUGUUCCUAAUGUUUGGUAUAGUCACUGUAUUUCAGUUAUAGAAUUAACACUGGGGGUCCUUUUCUUUUGUCUUCCUUCUACAGGAUUCAGUCUACUCAACAGCUUCAAUCUCUGCAGGGACAGUGUCCAGGCAUCAACCACCACCACAGUCCUCACCCUCACUACGCAGAGGGACCAAGAGAGGAGAGGGUCAUGGCACAUAUGGCUGUCAAUCAUGAGCUCAUGGCUCAGCAAGAGCCCGCCAACUUAGUGAAAGGUACCCUGGUUCUUUAUUCCCACAGAGCUGUAUUCAAUUAAAAUAAGGACAUGAUCCUCAGUGUAUUUAUGGCCCGAUGGAUUUAAAGUUGAUUAAUUUGUGGGAGAAGUGUUCUAUGAUGCAUUUCCCCACAGAUUAAAAACAAAUGUCUCAUCGACAAAUCAGCGUUCAUGUGACAGUCGAGGCUAGUGUGAAUGUUCACAGCAAGGUGAUUGGAAGAUCUCUCCCUCUUGCAGCUCCAGCGAAAAAGCGAGGGAGAACGGCACAACCGAAGGAGCCCAAGCCACCCAAAAUGCCCAAGCCACCCAAGGAGCCCAAGGAGCCCAAGGCACCCAAGGCCAAACCGGGCCCCAAGCCCAAGAAAGGCAAGGAGGGUCAAGAGGCAGACGGCACGCAGGGGAAAAUAGACGAGACCUUCAAGAAGGUCAAGAAGAAAAGGGACCGCUUCAAAGGCAUGACUGAGGAUGAGGUCAUGAGUAGAACUCUGACUGACAUCCUUGACUACAACCUGGACUAUGUUAUCGUGAGUUCAACGCUUUUGUCGCUUUGUGCCAGACAAUUAUUUUAUGAUGUGUGCACGACAAUGGAGCUACUUGAUUUGUCCAAUAAGAAAUGCUCAUUUUCUAUUUCAGCUGGAAGACGUUAUGUCUUGUGUGCUCUAAUGAGCACAACCCGGUAGUAUAAUGUGCAACUCUUUGUGCAACUUUUUGUUCUAGAUUGGAAUCAACCCAGGUCUGGUGGCAGCCUAUGUUGGACGAUGGUUCCCUGGCCCUGGAAACCAUUUCUGUAAGUUGCUUUAAGUAUAUAUUCAGUCUCUUACUUUGAAAACAUUUACAAUCUUCUUCUUGUGGUCCUCUGUAGCUCAGCUGGUAGAGCACGGCGCUUGUAACGCCAAGGUAGUGGGUUCAAUCCCCGGGACCACCCAUACACAAUAAAUUGCUAAGCUUUAAAUUCAAGGCAAUGUUAUGUUACUCAUGCCAAACAGGAUGAUGCAGUUGUAUGCUUAGUGCGCAGAGCAUUAAGAUCUUCACCCCAAUUUCAGAAAAAUAAUGGUACAACGAAUUAAUGAAUAGUUAUCCUCUUCAGGGAAGUGCCUGUUCUUGUCCGGAUUCACUGAUGAGCAGCUUAACCACAUGAGCGACACCAGCCUGCCAGAGAAAUAUAAGAUCGGCUUCACCAACAUGGUGGCAAGGACAACGCCUGGAAGCAAAGACCUCUCAACGUAAGCUUAGGAAGAAAAUAAUAAAAUCCGUCAGUCUGCAAUGUGCUAAAGAAUAAUGAGUGAGAUGAUAGACAUUUCUGUCUCGAACAGUGGCCACACAGCAAGCUGAAUUCACAUAUACUGUAGAUGGAAUACAAUGUAUGACUCAACUUAUGUUUCUUCACAGCAAAGAGCUACGUGAGGGCGCCUUAAUUCUUGUCGAGAAGCUGAAAAAGUACAAGCCACUCAUAGCUGUUUUCAAUGGAAAAUGUAAGUAGCUACAUGUAUCCCUGCUAGAGGAGAAAACUUCCAGUGGCCAGAACUUUCCAUUGAAAUUCCAUAUUAACCAUUGAAAUACUGUUUAUUCUCAGGUAUCUAUGAAAUGUUCUGCAGAGAGAUGUUUGGUAAGAAGCCCAAAAAGCUUGACUUUGGUCUGCAGCCACACAAGAUACCGGACUGUGAAGUGGUAAGUGUUCUGCUACCUGGUAGUGUGUGUUGUGGUGCUCCAGAUACUGUAUUUUAUGAUGAAUGGAUGAUAAAGAAAUGAAGAGUUGAAAGAAAACGUACUUCCUGGAUAAAGGUAUUUUUCACAAUAACUGGUCAAAAUGUCACCUUUUGACUAAAGAUUCAAAUCUAACAAAAACUAUUUGAAAUAGUCAACAUUAACUAUGAUCAUUGGCAUUGAGCAUACAGUGGAAGUACAGUGCCAUUUCCCUUUGAAAUGACUCAUAACCCUGCCCUCGCCCCUACAGGCAUUGUAUCUGAUGCCCUCGUCAAGUGCCCGCUGUGCCCAGUUUCCCCGUGCCCAGGACAAAGUGCACUUCUACAUCAAGCUGAGGGAAUUGAGAGACCAGCUCAGGGGCGUGGGCAGAUCUGACGAGAUUCAGGAGUUGGAGUACACCUUUGACCUGGGACUGGCCAAAGGUAAGAGAACGUGCUGCAGUCAGUGCUAUAAUGAGUAUUCAGACAUUUGCAUAAUGUACAGUGAGGGAAAAAAGUAUUUGAUCCCCUGCUGAUUUUGUACGUUUGCCCACUGACAAAUAAAUGAUCAGUCAAUAAUUUUAAUGGUAGGUUUAUUUGAACAGUGAGAGACAGAAUAACAACAACAAAAUCCAGAAAAACGCAUGUCAAAAAUGUUAUAAAUUGAUUUGCAUUUUAAUGAGGGAAAUAAGUAUUUGACCCCUCUGCAAAACAUUACUUAGUACUUGGUGGCAAAACCCUUGUUGGCAAUCACAGAGAUCAGAUGUUUCUUGUAGUUGGCCACCAGGUUUGCACACAUCUCAGGAGGGAUUUUGUCCCACUCCUCUUUGCAGAUCUUCUCCAAGUCAUUAAGGUUUCGAGGCUGACGUUUGGCAACUCGAACCUUCAGCUCCCUCCACAGAUUUUCUAUGGGAUUAAGGUCUGGAGACUGGCUAGGCCACUCCAGGACCUUAAUGUGCUUCUUCUUGACCCACUCCUUUGUUGCCUUGGCCAUGUGUUUUGGUUCAUUGUCAUGCUGGAAUACCCAUCCACGACCCAUUUUCAAUGCCCUGGCUGAGGGAAGGAGGUUCUCACCCAAGAUUUGACAGUACAUGGCCCCGUCCAUCGUCCCUUUGAUGCGGUGAAGUUGUCCUGUCCCCUUAGCAGAAAAACACCCCCGAAGCAUAAUGUUUCCAACUCCAUGUUUGACGGUGGGGAUGGUGUUCUUGGGGUCAUAGGCAGCAUUCCUCCUCCUCCAAACACGGCGAGUUGAGUUGAUGCCAAAGAGCUCCAUUUUGGUCUCAUCUGACCACAACACUUUCACCCAGUUCUCCUCUGAAUCAUUCAGAUGUUCAUUGGCAAACUUCAGAUGGGCAUGUAUAUGUGCUUUCUUGAGCAGGGGGACCUUGCGGGCGCUGCAGGAUUUCAGUCCUUCACGGCGUAGUGUGUUACCAAUUGUUUUCUUGGUGACUAUGGUCCCAGCUGCCUUGAGAUCAUUGACAAGAUCCUCCCGUGUAGUUCUGGGCUGAUUCCUCACCGUUCUCAUGAUCAUUGCAACUCCACAAGGUGAGAUCUUGCAUGGAGCCCCAGGCCGAGGGAGAUUGACAGUUAUUUUGUGUUUCUUCCAUUUGAGUGUGCUCCUAAUCUCAGCUCGUUACCUGUAUAAAAGACACCUGGGAGCCAGAAAUCUUUCUGAUUGAGAGGGGGUCAAAUACUUAUUUCCCUCAUUAAAAUGCAAAUCAAUUUAUAAUAUUUUGUUGUUAUUCUGUCUCUCACUGUUCAAAUAAACCUACCAUUACAACUAUAGACUGAUCAUUUCUUUGUCAGUGGGCAAACGUACAAAAUCAGCAGGGGAUCAAAUACUUUUUUCCCUCACUGUACAUAAUUAACACAAGCUACAUUAUUAUGAUAAGGGACAGUAUGACAUUUCAUUUUGAUAUGAAAUGAAAAUCCAUCACAGUCCUGCCCCAUCUCAAGGUAUUCAUAAUCACCUGAAGGAGCUGUUUGAAAACUGUCUUGUUUACCAGAUAAAUUACCAAAAAAUACAUUGAAUUCAUUGUUUUUCUCCCCCUUACAGAGGACGCCAAGAGAAUGGCGAUCAAGGAGGAGGCGUACGACCCAGGCUACGAGGCAGCCUUCGGCGGAGUAUACGGCGAGGGCGGGUCCGGGCUUGAGGAGGGCCAGAGCAACGGUCACUAACUUCUCGUCGGCUGUAAACACAGGUCAGCACAUAAAGACACAAGGUAUGGACCAUACAAAUAUAAUGAGAAGUAACUAUUUCUAUGGUGGGGACUCGUCACAGGACACUUGAGUCGUAAAAGUGGUAGUUAACCCAAACUACGAAAAUACUUAUGCAUCCUCACCUUGAAAUGAGUCUAGAUGCCACGAGGUAUUGUGAUCCACACACUGGAUUUGUAUGUGCCCUGAAUUCCUCCUCCUGACUCUGCUGUAGAUCUAAAGGGGCUGAAUAGGUGUAAGUAAUAUGGCGGAAAUUACAUCCAGCCUAUUAAAAAGGCAUAUUUUGCGUAUUCCUAUCCAAUCCCUUCAGAUCUACAGAAGUGGCUAGGGGUCGAUUUGGAAUGCAGGGAUAGUAUACUAUACGCAGUCACAUAGAGCCCCACAGUGGGCGUGUCAUAAACCCUAGCAGUCAAAACAGGGAAAUGGUUCCAAUUGUUUUUCCACCAUUCACUUUUCCCAUAGGGGAUUUUAGAAAAAAUAAUUGCACCCCUUGGGAUCCCCAGGACCGGGUUUGGGAAACGCUGAACUACAAGCCAGAGGAUGGGUACAUUGUUGUUUUGCAGUUCUCAUAGAGAUUUACACACUUAUCAAAACGAAGAAGAAGAAAUGGACUACUUUAAAAUAGAGAAAGCCCUCAAUGGUGCUGCCCAUGCUGUCACAGAAGCCGUAAUACCACAGAUACAAAGAAGCCCGAUCUAGCUAGCGACCUCCAUGCCUAAAACCCUUAACUACCUGUUCCUAACAAUGGGCUCGAGGUAGCAUGCUCAAAUGACCUCACCUCAGAGCUUUAAAGGUAUUUUCUUCUAAUUUCAGACGCUGCCAAGAAGGCAAACACUUACCAACCUCCUACGGCCGCCACCACCACAGAGGGACAACUCCCAGACAGACAGUGGAUGAUAAAGUCUUUCACUGAUCAGAUUCUAGACAUUGGUGGCUCUAAAGAACCACAGGCAUGGGCGGGCAAUGUAUAAGAAAGGGUAAAUGGCUCCUAACGAGCCCUAUCUAGACGUGCACAGACCUCAACCCCACACAUCCUUUACCCUCCCUUCAACAAGAAGCUGCACCUCAGUUUGAAGACUGAAAUGAUAGUUUUUUAAUGAUUUUUAACAUUUUUAAUGGAUUUUUUUGCCGAGUAGGGAUAUACACUUGACUAGUUGAUAGAUGGAAUUGUCUAAAUUGAUCAUUUUUAAAGGAUUUGUGGAAUAUUAGCUUUUUGAUCUGGUUUUGUCAUACCGUGUGUUUGAUUGCCCGCAAGGCAGUCUUUUAAAUAUGUGAAAUCAGGGAUUUGACAAUUUGUUGUAAACUGUACUUUGCCACAGGCUGCCACAGUAGGUAUAAGCAAAGCAUGAAUACUGUAUUUGUUAAUGCUCUGACUGACAGUACAAAUGGCCCUAAAUCAAACUUUUACACACAGGUCAAACAGUCCUAAAUGAACCUGUGGCAAAACACAUACAGUAAGAUGAUACUGUAAGUAAUGCAUUGUGAAGUUUAGGAUUAGCUAGUAUUCUACUUUUAUAAAUUCUGUACCUUGAGGAGAACAGGUACUGAGUGAUAUGUGAACGAACUUGACACAUGGUCAAAAAGUGAUUCCACAGAGGGCAAUGUCUUCACAAGCCUUUUAUCAUGGAGUUGCAAUACUCAAGAUGGGUGCUAUAUAUUUUAUUUUGCUUUAUCUUAUAUUUAGUAUGUUUCUGAAAAUGUUGAUAAAAUUAUGGGGAUUUUCUAUUUUACUUGACAUUGUU